GAGUCACUGCGAGGACGGCUUCGUCUUCGUCUGGGAGGAGGGCCCCAACUCGUUCGCGACCCAGCCGAGCAUCGUGCGCAUCGCCCACGAGCUCGGCAUCGACGACCAGCUCGUCUUCGCCAACGAGGCGCUGCCCCCGUGGGUCAACCACGGCGGCAAGCUGCACCCGCUGCCCAAGGGGAAGGGCGGCAAGGGCGUGGCGGGGCAGCUGGAGCUCGUGUUCGGGCCGAACGGGGUGCUCAAGUUCGGCCUCACCAGCGAGCUGCUCUCGUGGCCCGGCAAGAUCCGCGCCGGCAUCGGCGCGCUGCUGGGCCACGAGGGGCCGCCAGACGGCAAGGAGGAGACCAUCCGGGAGUGGGUCACGCGCAUCCUCGGCGAGGAGGUCUUCCUGCGUUGCAUCGACCCGUUCGUCUCGGGCGUCUACGCCGGGGACCCCGAGACCCUGUCGAUGAAGGCCGCCCUCCCGAAGAUAUCGCGCAUCGAGGAGUACUCCUACUCCCUCGGCUGGAACGUCGGCGGGGCGAUCCUGUACGGCGGCCUGAAGAGACAGGCGGAGCUCGUCAAGGAGCGGAAGGCGGACCCCCCGGACCCGGCCUGGCCGGAGUUCGAGUACGGCAACCCCGGCUCCUUCAGGAACGGCCUCGCCACGCUGCCGAACGCCAUCUCGGAAGCGCUCGGCCAGCCCGUCGGCGGGCCCGCGGCGGCCGAGUCGAGCGUCCGCCUGCGCUGGAAGCUGACGCUCCUGGAGAGGUCCCCCGACGGCACCUUCGUUGCCACAUUCGACACGCCAGAGGGCCCCCAGCAGGUCAACGCCCGCAGUGUGGUGUCCACCGUGCCGGCGCACGCGCUGGGCGAGGCGCUGGCGCCGGUGGUGCCCGAGGCGGCGCGCCUCUGCGACAAGGUCAGGGAAGCCAUCGGGCGCGUGGGCAUCUACCACCCGCCGGUGUACGCAGUCACCGUGGCCUACCCUAAGGCCUCGUUCAGGGACGUGGAGCUCCCGAACGAGUUCGGCAACCUCCAGGACCUCCCUGGCUUCGGGAGCCUGAACCCGCGCACGGAGGGCGUGCGCACGUUGGGGACCUUGUGGAGCUCGUCGCUCUUCCCAGGGCGCUGCCCUUCGGACUACAACCUGCUUCUCAACUACAUGGGGGGGGCGCUGGGACACCGCCAUCGCCGACCUGUCCGAGGCCGAGGUGGUCGCGGAGGUCGACAAGGGAUGCCGCCAGGUGCUCCUGAAGCCCGACGCGCCUCCCCCGAAGGUGCUCGGCGUGAAGCUCUGGCCGACGGCCAUCCCGCAGUACGAGUUGGGCCACUUGGAGUUGAUGAAGGAGCUUGA